CACCUGAUUCUCACAUUGUCACAAUGCUGUUGUAAUUGUCUUCAUGAAGCUGAUUUUCCAGGUCUUGCUUAUUUUAGUUUAUGAUUGUUCCUCCCCGCAGGUGUCAGCUCCAGCAGGUAGGAUUUUUGUGUGUUUUGCUCACUGCUGUGUCUUCAGCACCCAGAUCAGUGCCUGGCAUACAGUAGGUGCCCAACAAAUGGUGAGGCGAAUGAAGGAAUGAGCCCGACAUGCUCUAGAAAGGGAAAGGCCACCAGAUUACUGAAACAGAGUGAUCAAAGGGAAGAGGUGGCAGGGGCUAAUUGCGUAGGGCUUUGCAGGCUGUUGAGGAGUUCAGUUUUACUAGGUACUGUGGGAGGCAUUGGAGGAUCCAGAGCAGGGGAGAGACAUGACCUCAUCUAUGUUUUAAGAUGGGCUCUUGGGCUGGUCAGGUCAGGGGGAUGUUUGCAAAUUUGCAAAUGGACUCUGCUUCACCUACUCUGCAGGAAAACUGACCUAGGAAUUGCUUUAUCUUACAAAAGGAGACCCUGCAGGUGCUGGCCCAGCCCCAACCCAUGCCCCCUGCCCUGUGCUCUCUCCCCUCCAGGCCCCUGAGUGCCAGAGGUGGUGGUGUUGCUUAUCUUCUGGAACCCCAUGCAGCCAGAUCCCAAGCCUAGCAGGGCUGGGGCCUGCAGCCGAUUCCUGCCCCUGCGGUCACAGUGCCCUGAGGGGUCAGGGGACGCGGUGAUGUAUGCCUCCACUGAGUGCAAGGCGGAGGUGACGCCCUCCCAGCAUGGCAACCGCACCUUCAGCUAUACCCUGGAGGAUCAUACCAAACAGGCCUUCGGCAUCAUGAACGAGUUGCGGCUCAGCCAGCAGCUGUGUGACGUCACACUGCAGGUCAAGUACCAGGACGCGCCUGCCGCCCACUUCAUGGCCCACAAGGUGGUGCUAGCCUCAUCCAGCCCCGUCUUCAAGGCCAUGUUCACCAAUGGGCUGCGGGAGCAGGGCAUGGAGGUGGUGUCCAUUGAGGGUAUCCACCCCAAGGUCAUGGAACGCCUCAUCGAAUUCGCCUACACGGCCUCCAUCUCCAUGGGCGAGAAGUGUGUCCUUCACGUCAUGAACGGCGCUGUCAUGUACCAGAUCGACAGCGUUGUCCGUGCCUGCAGUGACUUCCUAGUGCAGCAGCUGGACCCCAGCAAUGCCAUCGGCAUCGCCAACUUCGCCGAGCAGAUUGGCUGUGUGGAGUUGCACCAGCGUGCCCGGGAGUAUAUCUACAUGCAUUUCGGGGAGGUGGCCAAGCAAGAGGAGUUCUUCAACCUAUCCCACUGCCAACUGGUGACCCUCAUCAGCCGUGACGACCUGAACGUGCGCUGCGAGUCCGAGGUCUUCCACGCCUGCAUCAACUGGGUCAAGUACGACUGCGAACAGCGACGGUUCUAUGUCCAGGCGCUGCUGCGGGCCGUGCGCUGCCACUCGUUGACGCCGAACUUUCUGCAGAUGCAGCUGCAGAAGUGUGAGAUCCUGCAGUCCGACUCCCGCUGCAAGGACUACCUGGUCAAGAUCUUCGAGGAGCUCACCCUGCACAAGCCCACGCAGGUGAUGCCCUGCCGGGCGCCCAAGGUGGGCCGCCUGAUCUACACCGCGGGCGGCUACUUCCGACAGUCGCUCAGCUACCUGGAGGCUUACAACCCCAGUGACGGCACCUGGCUCCGGUUGGCGGACCUGCAGGUGCCACGGAGCGGCCUGGCUGGCUGCGUGGUGGGCGGGCUGUUGUACGCCGUGGGCGGCAGGAACAACUCCCCCGACGGAAACACCGACUCCAGCGCCCUGGACUGUUACAAUCCUAUGACCAAUCAGUGGUCGCCCUGCGCCCCCAUGAGCGUGCCGCGCAACCGCAUCGGGGUGGGGGUCAUCGAUGGGCACAUCUAUGCAGUCGGCGGCUCCCAUGGCUGCAUCCACCACAACAGUGUGGAGAGGUAUGAGCCAGAGCGGGAUGAGUGGCACUUGGUGGCCCCAAUGCUGACACGAAGGAUCGGGGUGGGCGUGGCCGUCCUCAAUCGUCUGCUUUAUGCCGUGGGGGGCUUUGACGGGACAAACCGCCUUAAUUCAGCUGAGCGUUACUACCCAGAGAGGAACGAGUGGCGAAUGAUCACAGCAAUGAACACCAUCCGAAGCGGGGCAGGCGUCUGCGUCCUGCACAACUGCAUCUAUGCUGCCGGGGGCUAUGAUGGUCAGGACCAGCUGAACAGCGUGGAGCGUUAUGACGUGGAAACAGAGACGUGGACUUUCGUAGCCCCCAUGAAGCACCGGCGAAGUGCCCUGGGGAUCACUGUCCACCAGGGGAGAAUCUACGUCCUUGGAGGCUAUGAUGGUCACACGUUCCUGGACAGUGUGGAGUGUUACGACCCAGAUACAGACACCUGGAGCGAGGUGACCCGAAUGACAUCGGGCCGAAGCGGAGUGGGCGUGGCUGUCACCAUGGAGCCCUGCCGGAAGCAGAUCGACCAGCAGAACUGUACCUGUUGAGGCACUUUUGUUUCUUGGGCGAAAAUACAGUCCAAUGGGGAGUAUCAUUGUUUUUGUACAAAAACCAGGACUAAAAGAAAAAAGACAGCACUGCAAAUAACCCAUCUUCCGGGAAGGGAGGCCGCGAUGCCUCAGUGUUAAAAUGACAUCUCAAAAAGAAGUCCAAAGCGGGAAUCAUGUGCCUCUCAGCGGAGCCCCAGGAGUGUCCAAGACAGCCUGGCUGGGAAAGGGGCUGUGGAAAGAGCAGGCUUCCAGGAGAGAGGCCCCCAAACCCUCUGGCCCGGUAGUAGGCCUGGGUCCCACCCACCCAGCCAGCCACGCCGGCAGCCCUCACCUUGUGAUUUGUUCUUGGAUACCUGGGAGGGGGCCAAUGGGGGCCUCAGGCGGAGGCCCCCUCUGGAAAUGUGGUUCCCAGGGAUGGGCCUGUACAUAGAAGCCACCGGAUGGCACUUCCCCACCGGAUGGACAGUUAUUUUGUUGAUAAGUAACCCUGUAAUUUUCCAAGGAAAAUAAAGAACAGACUAACUAGUGUCUUUCA